AUGAUCGACCUAUUUUUCUUUUAUCAUGAAUUACCAGUCACAGGCGUCAAUAGUAAAACAGAUGCAGAGAACACUGAAGUACGGAAGGAAAGACAUGGAACUGAAGAGUUAUUUCCAGCUAAUUAUCGCACCUGCAUUGAAUUUGUCAAACUUGCCAACAAGGCAAUGCUGAUGUUUCUUGGAUUGGAUUCUGCUUCCACAUCUGGCGGAGAUCAUGCGCGCGAGUCUGCACAAUCCCGAGAAGAAACAAUGCCUUACGAUGUUGUUCCAGAUCAACUGAUCAGUAGUGAAACUCCGCCCAGUACUGAUUCUAUGAAAACUACGGGAAGUAGUACUGAUGGGACAAUGAAAUUAGAGACUCCAAUAUUACUUGCAGCCAAGAAUGGUAUCGCCGAAAUUGUGGAAAGAAUCCUAGAACUCUGUCCAAUUGCCAUUAAUGACGUGAAUGCAGAUAAUAAGAACAUAGUAUUGUUGGCGGUGGAGUACAGGCAACCAAAGUAUGUCAGGGAUUCCAUGCCCCGCAACUUUUUCCCCCGCUAUAACAAGGAGGGCAAGACCCCAAGUGACUUGUUCACUGAAACCCACAAAGACCUUGUAGAGAAUGGUAGCAAGUGGCUAACAAACACUUCUCAAUCCUGUUCCGUCGUAGCUGCACUCAUCGCCACAGUGGCCUUUACUGCCUCCACCACGGUCCCCGGAGGCUUCGAGAGUACUGGCAUUCCAGCGCUCGAAAACAAGCCUGGUUUUGACCUCUUCGCGGUCUCAUCACUCGUAGCUCUCUGCUUCUCGAUCACGGCCUUAGUCAUGUUCCUCGCCAUCUUAACAUCACGAUACCAAGAGAGAGAUUUUGGCAGCAACUUACCUAGGAAACUCUUGAUGGGUUUAACAUCUUUGUUCGUGUCCAUAGCCGCGAUGCUAAUUUCAUUUUGUGGGGGCCAUUUCUUUGUGCUGAAGGAGGAGCUAAAAUUUGCGGCGAUUCCAGUGUAUGCAGUGACAUGCCUACCGGUAACGUUUUUUGCUGUGGCGCAGUUUCCUCUUUAUAUUGAUCUUUUACGGGCUACCUUAUCGAAGGUGCCACAACGCAGCCACAAGGUCGAUCCCUGA